CCUGCACAAGGCUGGAGACCCGAACCCGCCGCGAUACAUGGACCCUGCUGGGGACGGGGCCGAGUUCCACAUCCCCACCGUGGGCCAGCAGCACGGAGGGAACUACAGCUGCAGCUACCGGCUCCGAUCAGAGCCCUUCGUCUCCUCAGAGCCCAGUGACCCCGUGCAGCUGGUGGUAGCAGUAGACCCCCUGGAUUUCACCAACGCCAACGUCGCCCGCCUGGGGCUGGGUGCUGCAGUCCUGCUCGUCCUGGGGCUGAUCCUGGCUGAGGCCUAUUACAGCCGCCCAAGGGGGGCACCCUAGGUGAGGUGGACCCCCUUUCUGUGCCCCUUGCUCCCCCCAGGGGCUGGGCCCAGAGCAGCAUGGGCCCCUCUAACGCACCGUCUCUCUGCACCCCCAAGAGCCUGGAUCCAGCCAUGCAGGGAAGAGAAUCUCCCCGGGGGACAAGUGGCUUCCCCAUGGGGUGCUGAGACACCACCACAACCCCCCCUGCUCCCAAACACCCCUGCCUCAGAGAAUUUCCCCCAUAAACAGCUCCCAACCUGACAGCAGUGUGACGGGUUUGUUCACAGAGACCUCCUCUUGGGACUGUUACCCGAGCCCUUUUUCUCGGCCAGUUUGGGUGUCCAGAACCCUGCCCGGUUGAGCUAGCCUGCUGCAAACACAGACCCAGGGUCUGAACCACGCCCCCAAAGCUGCAGACUUAACUGAAAACAGCUUAAGAAGUGCUCCUGUCUUCAGCACCCAGACACCCAGUUCCCAAUGGGAU